AUGUCUCUAAGGCUUCUGACUCGGAGCGGUUUCCGCAGUCAGUCUGGAACUACAGCGCGCAUCGCCCCCGCACGGAGGUGGAGUAGUUCCAUCUCGCAGCGGCCGGGUUCAGAUAGCGUUCGGUUCCCCGGUGCUGUGAACAGCAAGUUCACCACACAGAUGGCUUUCCUCAAAGCAUCGGAUCUCCCUGCCAUCCCUACCUACAGAGUGAUGGAUUCGGACGGAGAAUUGGUUGAUAAGACAAGAUCUGCGCCUGAUGUUACAAACGAGGAGGUGUUGACAUGGUAUAAGAACAUGCUGUCAGUGAGCAUCAUGGACGUGGUCAUGUUCGAGGCACAACGGCAAGGUCGUUUAAGUUUCUACAUGGUUUCCGCCGGCGAGGAAGGUAUCACAGUUGGAUCCGCCGCCGCCUUGACACCGGACGAUGUAGUGUUCGCACAGUACCGCGAGGCCGGCGUAUUCCAACAACGAGGAUUCACAUUGAAGAACUUUAUGAGUCAGCUCUUCGCCAAUUGCAACGAUAGCGGCCGUGGCCGGAAUAUGCCAGUCCACUACGGGCAAAAUUAUCCUCGCAUGCACACAAUUUCAUCCCCAUUAGCCACCCAGAUCCCUCAAGCUGCAGGAGCAGCCUAUGCCUUGAAACUACAAGAUUCCCAAAAUCCAAACCGGGACCCACGCAUUGUGGCCUGCUACUUCGGCGAAGGAGCAGCCAGCGAAGGUGACUUCCACGCUGCGCUCAAUAUUGCUGCAACACGGUCCUGCCCUGUUGUGUUCUUAUGCAGAAACAAUGGCUACGCCAUCUCAACGCCGACCCUAGAGCAGUACCGCGGCGACGGAAUCGCCAGCCGCGGUGUGGGUUACGGAAUCGACACGAUCCGCGUCGACGGCAACGACGUCUUCGCUGUGAACGAAGCAAUGAAAGAGGCGCGCCGACUUGCGCUCAGUGAGGGCGGACGGCCUGUGCUGAUUGAAGCCAUGAGCUACCGUGUCUCACAUCACAGCACCAGCGAUGACAGCUUUGCGUACCGUGCUCGUGUCGAGGUUGAGGAUUGGAAGAGACGUGAUAAUCCCAUUAUCCGGCUACGGAAAUGGCUCGAGAACCAGGGGCUUUGGAGUGAAGAGCAGGAGAAGCAGACAAGAGAUGAAAUGCGGAAAGCGGUGUUGAAGGAGUUCGGCGAGGCUGAGCGUGAGAAGAAGCCGUCGCUUAGGGAGGCAUUUGUCGAUGUCUAUGAAGAGAUCACCGAGGAGCAAAGGGAGCAGAUGAAUGAGCUCAAGCGGAUAUUGGAAACUUAUCCCGAUGAGUAUGAUCUGCGGCCAUAUAAGGAUGGAAUUAAUGGUCUGAAUUAA